AUGGAUCGUAUGAUCCCUAAGAUCCAGCUCAUGGUGCACAUGUGUGGGGACACCUAUGUGUGCCUAAACCAUACAAUUCAUGACUGGCCUAUGGAAAAAAAGCUGGGUGUCUUUCACAUAGGCUUAAUAGGAUAUCAUGUACCAGCUGAUGUUAUUUACUUCCAUGCCAUGAAAAACUUCAGUGGUUCAUUUCCAAAUAUUAAGCCUGUAUUUAAGGGACAGGACAUUUGUCUCCAGGCCAGCAGGGCAGAAACUAACAACUACCAGCACAUUCUGGCUUUAGUGUUUGCUAUGAAGGAAAUCAAUGAAAAUUCCCAGAUCUUACCCAAUGUCACCCUAGGAUUCCAUAUCUAUGAUAGCUAUUUGAAAGCAAUGUGGACCUAUCAGGCCACAAUGCAACUUCUUUCCACAAGGGACAGAUUUAUUCCUAACUUCAAGUGUGACACCCAGGACAAUCUCAUUGCAGUCAUUGGAGGACUUCAUGCCAAAACCUCUCAGCAGAUAGCAAAUGUUGUGGGCAUCUACAAGUUUCCACAGCUCUUGUAUGGAUUUACUCCAAGGAUGCAUGAUGAAACCCAGGUUCUUUCCUACUAUGGGAUGGUCCCAAAUGAAGCCCUUCAGUACACAGGGAUUCUCCAGUUACUUCUCCACUUCAAGUGGACAUGGAUUGGUUUCAUUGCUGAUAACAGUGAGAACGGAGAAAGAUUUGUGCAAAAGAUGCUUCCGGUAUUUUCUCAAAGUGGCAUUUGUUUUGCUUUCGUAGCUAUAUAUCACAGUUUAGGUUUUGAUGAUGAUUUAAGUGGAACGUUAAACUGGAUGAUGGAAAUAGGUAACGAACUGAUGAACAGCACAGCCACUACAGUAGUCUUCUAUGGUGAAGCUGAUUCCAUGAUAAAUUUCAGGUGGUUGUUGAUGUAUCUGCCCACAAUACAGGAUGUAAUACAAACCCUCAGAGGUAAAGUGUGGGUUCUGACAGCUCAAAUGGACUUUACAUCACUUCAGUACCAAAGAAGGUGGGAUAUUCAAGUCAUUCAUGGUGCCCUGUCUCUUGCAGUUCACUCCAGUAAGCUACCCGGAUUCCAACAAUUUCUUCACAGUAGAAACCAUUUAAGCACAAAAGAAGAUGGUUUUAUUAGGGCCUUCUGGUCACAAGCUUUCAGCUGUGUAUUUCCAGAUUCUGUUUCAGACGAGAUGGGAGAGGAUCUGUGUUCUGAAGAAAAGAUCCUAGAUAAUCUUCCUGGGCCUGUGUUUGAAAUGCACAUGACUGGUCACAGCUACAGCAUCUACAAUGCUGUCUAUGUUGUUGCUCAUGCAUUACAUGCCAUGUAUUCAUCCAAAUCCAAAAGCAGAACACAGGGAGAAAGAAAGAAACUUCAGAAUCACCAGCCAUGGAAGCUCCACCACUUUCUGAGAUGGGUCUCUUUUAACAACAGUGCUGGAGACAAGAUUUACUUUGACCAGGAUGGGGAAUUGGAAGCAGGAUUUGAUGUUAUCAACUGGGUGACAUUCCCCAAUCAAUCUUUUGUUAGAGUGAAUGUUGGCAAAAUGGACUCCCAGACUCCCUCACUCCAAGCACUCAUCAUUAGUAAGGAACUCAUUAGAUGGCACAGUUGGUUUAAUCAGGCACAACCCCUUUCUUUAUGUAAUGAUAAUUGCCAUCCUGGUUAUAGCAAGAAAAUAAAGGAAGGGGAGCCAUUCUGUUGCUAUGAUUGCAGUCCAUGUCCAGAAGGGAAGGUGUCUGAGAAUGAAGAUACUGUGGACUGUUAUUUAUGUCCAGAUUAUCAUUAUCCGAAUAAGGACCAGAAUUUAUGCAUCUCCAAGGUUUUAAGCUUCUUGUCUUAUGAAGAACCACUGGGAAUCUGUUUAGCCCUUACUGCUCUUUUAUUUUCUUUGGUCACAACUCUGGUAUUAGCGACAUUCAUGAAGCACCACACCACUCCCAUUGUCAAAGCCAACAACAGGAGCCUCACUUACAUGCUUCUUCUCUCCCUAUUGCUCUGUUUCCUUUCUGCAUUGCUAUUUAUUGGCCAACCAGUGAAGAUUACUUGUCUCCUUCGCCAAUCUGCCUUUGGUAUUAGCUUCUCAAUGGCCAUUUCUUCUGUGCUAUCAAAAACCAUUGUGGUGAUCUUGGCUUUCAAUACUACCAAGCCAGGAUCCAGGAUGAGGAACUGGGUAGGAAAAAGGCUGACGAAAUCCAUUGUUCUGUCUUGUUCCCUUAUUCAAGGAGGCAUUUGUGUAGUGUGGCUGGCAACCUCUCCACCAUUCCCCAAUGCUGAUGUAUAUCUGAUGACUGAAGAAAUUUUACUGGAAUGUAAUGAAGGCUCACCUACCAUGUUUUACUGUGUCCUUGGCUAUAUGAGUUUCCUGGCCAUUGUCAGCUUCAUUGUGGCUUUCCUUGCCAGAAAAUUACCUGACAGUUUCAAUGAAGCCAGAUUUAUCACUUUCAGCAUGUUAGUAUUCUGUACUGUUUGGUUGUCCUUUGUUCCAGCCUACCUGAGCACCAAAGGAAAAUACAUGGUAGCUGUGGAGAUCUUUUCUAUCUUAGCAUCUGGUGCUGGUCUUCUGGGAUGCAUCUUUGCCCCCAAAUGCUACAUUAUUAUACUGAAGCAUGAGAUGAAUAAAAAGGAAUGGCUCAUAAGGAACAGGCACUGUAGAAGUUAA